UCUUUCAGUCACAUAUCUAAGGCUUUCAUUUAAUCUAAUCAACACAAGAAAGCGCUUGUUGUGCUUUUUGCGCCAUCUCGUGGAGAUAAUGCCGUACAGUUGUUUUGGCUCAGCGCUUGUAUGACCGUUAGAUGAUUAACCAUGGCGUAAAAGAAGGUGUAUUUAGUUUCACAGCAUAGUUGAACGUAUUGGCUUCAACUAAAUCUUAUUUUGAAAUGUUUACGUGUAGAUAGUAAACAGAUAUCCCUUUUGACAACUGUCGGUCCAGCGACUGGUGGUGUGGAGCAGGGCUCCUUAACCAGGCAAGAUGGAUGCCACAGAAGAAGACAUCUGUCGAGUAUGUCGCUCUGAGGGGACGCAGGAAAAGCCGCUCUAUCAUCCCUGUGUUUGCACUGGCAGCAUCAAGUUUAUCCAUCAGGAAUGCUUGCUGCAGUGGCUACAACACAGCAGGAAAGAAUACUGUGAAUUAUGCAAACACAGGUUUGCAUUUACACCAAUCUACUCCCCAGACAUGCCGUCCCGUCUGCCUGUCCAAGACAUCUUUGCAGGCCUGCUCACCAGUAUAGUAACAGCCAUCAGAUACUGGUUCCAUUACACAAUGGUGGCCGUUGCAUGGCUUAGCGUUGUGCCUCUCACAGCGUGUCGCAUCUACAAAUGUUUAUUUACUGGCUCUGUGAGCUCUCUUCUUACCCUGCCAUUAGAUAUGCUUUCAGCACAGAACAUUCUUGCCGACUGCCUGCAGGGUUGUUUCGUGGUCACGUGCACCCUGUGUGCCUUCAUCAGUCUGGUGUGGCUCAGGGAGCAGAUUGUUCACGGUGGAGCCCCUCAGUGGUUAGAGCAGAACCCACCCCCUCUGGUUCCCAACCAGCCCGACGGCCCUGCACCAGCUAAUGAAGAUCCAGGUGCUAACGCUGCAGCUAACGCUCAGGCUGCUGCAGCUGCUCAGCACCCUGCGGAGCACGGUCCCAACGAGCCAGCACCUGGAAACCAGCAUGAAGCCGCCAACCGCAGAGCGGAAGCUGAAAUAGACGAUGAUGGGGGAGAGGAUGAUGACGACGAUUAUGAUGAUGAUGAUGAUGAUGAUUAUGAUGGGGAAGAAGAUGAAGGAGAGGAGGAAGAAGGCAGGGAAGAAGAAGCUGCUGAUGCCAAUAAUGGAGGGCAAGACGAUCUGAACUGGAAUGCUCUGGAGUGGGAUCGAGCAGCAGAGGAGCUGACCUGGGAGCGGAUGCUGGGGCUGGAUGGCUCCCUGGUUUUCCUGGAGCAUGUCUUCUGGGUGGUGUCUCUAAACACACUCUUCAUCCUGGUCUUUGCUUUCUGCCCGUACCACAUUGGACAUUUCUCUGUGGUUGGGCUGGGCAUCGAAGACUUUGUCAAGGCGUCACAUUUUGAUGGGCUCGUCACUACAGUACUGGGAUACAUCCUCCUGGCUGGAGCACUGGUUGUCUGCCAUACAUUCGCUUCUCUAGUGAAGUUCCAGCGAUCCAGGCGCCUUCUGGGUGUCUGCUACAUUGUUGUCAAGGUGUCCCUGCUGGUUGUCAUGGAGAUUGGUCUGUUCCCACUCAUAUGUGGAUGGUGGCUGGACAUUUGUUCACUGGAAAUGUUUGAUGCAACUCUUAAGGACAGGGAGCAGAGCUUUGACUCUGCUCCAAGCACUACGAUGUUCCUCCACUGGCUGGUCGGCAUGGUGUACGUCUUUUACUUUGCUUCCUUCAUCCUUCUGCUCCGAGAGGUUCUUCGGCCGGGUGUCCUGUGGUUUUUGAGGAAUCUGAAUGAUCCAGACUUCAACCCAAUCCAAGAGAUGAUCCACCUGCCCAUCUACAGACACCUCAGGAGGUUUAUUCUCUCAGUGGUCGUGUUUGGAUCAAUAGUUCUGCUGAUGCUUUGGCUCCCAAUCAGGAUUAUCAAACUGCUGUUCACAAGCUUCCUUCCCUACAAUGUCAUGCUGUACAGCGACGCUCCGGUCAGCGAGCUGUCGCUGGAGCUCCUGUUGCUUCAGGUUGUCCUGCCGGCGUUGUUGGAGCAGGGACACACCCGCCAGUGGCUCAAACGUCUCGUCCACGCCUGGACGUUCGCUGCUGGAUAUGUGUUUGACCUUCACUCUUACCUUCUGGGAGAACAUGACGAUAAUGAAAACCAACCAAACAUCCCUCCGGGUCACCUUAACAACAACCGAGUACCUGGGCCGGGGGAGGGGCUUCAUGCGGCCCACCAGGCCAUUCUGCAGCAGGGAGGACCAGUGGGCUUCCAGCCGUACCACCGGCCCCCUAACUUCCCCCUCAAGAUCACGCUGCUGGUGGUCUUUAUGUGUGUGACUUUACUGCUAGCCAGUCUGAUCUGUCUCACACUGCCAGUGUGCGUGGGUCGCUGGCUGAUGGCUCUCUGGAUGGGCAACACAAUGGUUCAUGAGCUGUACACAGCAGCCAGUGGCCUGUACGUCUGCUGGCUGUGCAUCCGCGCCGCCACGGUGCUGCUGUCCUGGAUGCCACAGGGAAGGACGGUCAUCAUGAUCAAAGUCCACGAGUGGACGCUCAUGGUAAUAAGCAUGGAUCUGUUUUGUCAGAGGAGACACGACCUUCUGUUUCUUUCUCUGUAUUGUUUUAUUGUGAUGAUUUUCUGCUCACAGAUCAUCAAGACUGUUGUUGUGGCCGUGAUGUUAGCCGGAGUGAUUCCUCUGCUGUUAGGUCUGCUGUUUGAACUGGUCAUCGUUGCUCCUCUCAGAGUCCCACUGGACCACACUCCUCUCUUCUACCCCUGGCAGGACUGGGCUUUGGGAGUUCUUCAUGCUAAAAUCAUCGCCGCCAUAACUCUGAUGGGCCCUCAGUGGUGGCUCAAAGCCGUCAUCGAACAGGUAUACGCUAAUGGCAUCAGGAACCUCGACCUCCAUUUUAUCGUGCGGCGGUUGGCAGCUCCAGUCAUCUGUGUCCUGCUCCUGUCGCUGUGUGUGCCUUACACCCUCUCUAAAGGCAUUGCGCCUCUGCUCGGCGUGCAGCCAGAGAUGCAGACACUGGUGGAGAGGAGAAUCUAUCCGUUCCUGCUGAUGGUGGUCGUGCUGUUGGCCAUACUGUCCUUUCAGAUUCAACAGUUCAAACGCCUCUAUGAACACAUCAAAAACGACAAGUACCUGGUUGGACAGCGACUGGUGAACUACGAACGGAAGAUGAGCAGAAAUUCCUCCUCGUCUUUCAGCAGCUCGUCAUAGAUCUGACGCUGCUGCAGGAUGAGUGGAGCCUCUCGCCCUGCCUAACACCGCGGGCCGUCAGCAGCUCCCGUGGUGAAACCGUUUUCUUUCAUGACUGGCAACUUCAAACAGCACCUAUAAACCUUUGACUAGUCUUGUUAUUCACCGCCACGUCUCACGCUCACAGGCCUGGAAGCUCAGACGACUUAGAGCGGAAACUGUCUCCCAGGUUUGAUGUGAAAAUUGAAAUUCUGAGCAAAGUUCUGAACAAACUCUUGAGUCAGACUCGGCAGAACCACAGACACGCUCCCUGUUCUUUCUGCUAGAUGUGUUCGUAGCCCCAAACUCAGGUGUAGUUUUAGUUUUUGUUUGGAUUUACAGACGUUUGUGUGAAAGUCAGGUUAAGCUGAGCUUAGAUUUUACCUCAGAUUCAAUGUUUGUUCUGAAAAAUGAGUCUUUUACACACUUCUAGAGCUGUGGAGGAAUGUUCUGGACUUCAGCCUUCAUAUCUCUGCUGUCAUGUAUGUUUCGGAGGAUUGAGUUCAAAACGCAUGGGGGAAAUAUUUCUGCAGAUGUCAAGGACAAGGUUUAUUCUUUGGGUGUCGUUUUCUACAUUUGUUUUUAUUAGUGGUUUAUUGUUUUAGAUUUAUUUUAAAAUAUGUCCAGACAACAGCAGUUCCCCUGACUUUGAAGCUGUAAAUAAAUGGGCACACAUUUCAGCAACUUCAAAUAAAAGCCCAACAGAAAAUGUUGAAUGUAAUUUUAAGGGGGAAACCCCGCAUGUGUACAGAGCAGUUGCUUUAUUUGUGUAUCCCAGCAGAGGGCCGACAUGAAAGGCUGCUGCAGAGAAGCAAGGAAACGCAACACGCUCGUCUUCAGUGCCGUAGCUGAACAACCAGCAGCCUGGCUGCUUGCAAGCAAAGUUUAAAUAUUUAACUUUGUAAAUCGUCUCAGAACAAUCAGUCGCUGUUUCAGUUUAGUUACCGGGCAGAUUACACUAAUAUAGACUCCUACACACAUAAAAACUGGCACCUUUUUACCUGUGUGCUGGCAAGCUGCUAGCUAACUGGAACUGUUUGACAGCUUUUAUAGUGGCAGUGACUUUUUGUUCAGUAUCAGGCCACAUAAAAGCUAAUGACUGCAAAAAUAUUAGCUGUCCAAAAUGACAUUUCACUUGUAUUGGUGUUUUUUUUUUUAAUACAUCCAUCCAUUUACGGCCGCUUAUCCGGGGUCGGGUCGCGGGGGCAGUAGCCUAAGCAGAGAAGCCCAGACAUCCCUCUCCCUAGCCACUUGGGCCAGCGUUUCUGGGGGAAUCCUAAGGUGUUCCCUGGCCAGCCAUGAGACAUAGUCUCUCCAGCGUCUUCCUUUAGGCCUUCUCCUGGUUGGAUGUGUCUGGAAAACCUCACUAGGGAUACAUCCAGCAGGCAUUCUAACCAGAUGCCCGAGCAACCUCAACUGGCUCCACCCGAUGUGGAGGAGCAGCGGGUCUACUCCGAGCCCCUCCCGGGUGACCGAGUUUCUCACCCUAUCUCAAAGGGAGCGCCCAGACGCACUGCGUAAAAAACUAAUUUCAGCCGCUUGUAUCCGCGAUCUCGUUCUUUCGGUCACUACCCAAAGCUCGUGAGCAUAGGUGAGGGUAGGAACGUAGAUCAUAGAACAUAGUUUUUUUUUUUUGUUGUUAUUUUAUUUUUUAUUAUCUUAUAUGUUGCAGAUGGAUCUUUAAAUGGUUUCAGUUUGGAGACACAGGUUAGUUCUGAUCGGACACACAUGCUAGUCUCAGAAAGGCCAGUUACAAAGUGUCUUAAAACAAUUAAAACCUCAAAGACUUAAUUGCAGUUGAUGCAAAGUGUCUUUUAUAACCUUUACAUGGACAUACAUCAAACAUUUAGUCCUCAUUUUAUUAGAAUAAUAAUGAAAUGCCAUCUAAAGUGCUGCUAAUUUCUCCUGCAACUGAGAACCCUACUGAAACAUCCAUGUGAUGUAGAACUGUAGAGAAAACGUUUAUUAAAGUUUAGUUGUUUAAAGAAACAGUUUGUAACUGACCCUACUCAGACAUAAGCUAUUUUUCCAAACUGAGGCCCUUCAAUCAUUCAUCUACAGCAGGUAAUAUUUUAAUCACCAACAGAUUUUUACAUAAACAUUUCUGUUGAGAGUCUGUAGAGUCGGUGACAGAUGCUGCACCAGAAUGAAUCAUGUCCAAUAUUUAUCUUGUUCAGCCAUCGGUGUUGGGACAAAGGUUUUGCAGAUAUUCUGGAGUCUUGUGCAUUCAAAUGUUUGCAUCAAUAACUCAAACUGGUUGUAUUUCUGCUCUUCUCUUUAAAAACAUACUGCAGAAUAUUACCGUUAGCAGGUCAAAACAGCUGUGUGAGUUGUUUUUGCGUUCAAUGUUUCAUGUGCUCCGAGUGGUUAUAGCUGUGAUUAUUGUACUCACCACAUAUGGUCUGCUGGGAGGGGUGUGUUGUGUUUAGAGACACUGCAGAUGAAUCAGUCUCAGAUGGUUGGGUUGACGCAGAAAUAACAGCCAAAUAAAUAAACUCAUAAAGGUUUAAACUACAGAAUUUAAAAGGCUUUAUCUCCACAUAAAGUGGUAGUCCCUGUAUGUCAGUGUGAAAUCUGUCUCUGGCUCCUGUCCUAACACCUGUGACCAGGUUGCAGUCUGGAACAUCUUAAUGUUAGAUUGUAGAUGUAUGAAGCUAGAAUGACUGACCCGUUAUUAGAAAUAGUUCAUGAGCGUUAGCAAGCCCAGCUGUAGCUUCAGUGGUUCUUGCUGCCAGAGAGCGUCACGGUCCUGAACAGGAAAACCUUUUCUAAAUCAAUGACGGUCAAGUAGACGUUUAUUCAUUCACAAGUUUGAUUACGUUGCACUUUAUUCCACAAUCAUUUCAGAUUCUGUUGGAACUCAAUCAUAGGAAUGUAUAGGUUUAUGUUUUCUCCACUGAAAGUGAGAAAUGUCAGUAACUAUGUAAGGUGUUUAGCAUCGGUCUCUUUCACUGCAUUUUUAUAUUUUAGUUAAUAUUAACAGCUUUUCUGCCACUACAGAUUGGGAAUUUACAUACAUAUAUACAGUCAGGUCCAUAAAUAUUGGGACAUCGACACAAUGCUAACAUUUUUGGCUCUAUACACCACCACAAUGGAUAUCAAAUGAAACAAACAAGAUGAGCUUUAACUGCAGACUGUCAGCUUUCAUUUGAGGGUAUUUACAUCCAAAUCAGGUGAACGUUGUAGCAAUUACAACAGUUUGCAUAUGUGCCUCCCACUUGUUAAGGGACCAAAAGUAAUGGGACAGAAUAAGAACCAUAAAUCAAACUUAUACUUUUCAAUACUUGGUUGCAAAUCCUUUGCAGUCAAUUACAGCCUGAAGUCUGGAACACAUAGACAUCACCAGAUGUUGGGUUUCAUCCCUGGUGAUGCUCUGCCAGGCCUCUACUGCAACAGUCUUCAGUUCCUGCUUGUUUCUGGGGCAUUUUCCCUUCAGUUUUGUCUUCAGCAAGUGAAAUGCACGCUCAGUCAGAUUCAGGUCAGGUGGUUGACUUGGCCAUUGCAAACCAGUCCACUUCUUUCCCUUCAAAAACUCUUUAGUUGCUUUUGCAGUAUGCUUUGGGUCAUUGUCCAUCUGCACUGUGAAGCACCGUCCAAUGAGUUCUGAGGCAUUUGGCUGAAUAUGAGCAGAUAAUUGCCCGAAACACUUCAGAAUUCAUCGUGCUGCUUUUGUCAGCAGUCACAUCAUCAAUAAAUACAAGAGAACCAGUUCCACUGGCAGCCAUACAUGCCCACGCAAUGACACUUCCAGCACCAUGCUUCACUGAUGAGGUGGUAUGCUUAGGAUCAUGAGCAGUUCCUUUCCGUCUCCAUACUCUUCUCUUCCCAUCACUCUGGUACAAGUUGGUCUUGGUCUCAUCUGUUCAUAGGAUGUUGUUCCAGAACUCUGAAGGCUUUUUUAGAUGUUGUUUAGCAAACUCUAAUCUGGCCUUCCUGUUUUUGGGGCUCACCAAUGGUUUACAUCUUGUGGCGAACCCUCUGUAUUCACACUGGUGGAGUCUCCUCUUGAUGACUUUGACACAGAUACACCUACCUCCUGGAGAGUGUUCUUGAUCUGGCCAACUGUUGUGAAGGGUGUUUUCUUCACCAGGGAAAGGAUUCUUCGGUCAUCCACCACAGUUGUUUUCCGUGGUCUUCCGGGUCUUUUGGUGUUGCUGAGCUCACCGUUGCUUCCCUUCUUUUUGAGAAUGUUCCAAACUGUUGUUUUGGCCACUCCUAAUGUUUUUGCUAUCUCUCUGAUAGGUUUCUUUUGUUUUUUCAGCCUGAUGAUGGCUUGCUUCACUGAUAGUGACAGCUCUUUGGAUCUCAUCUUGACAGUUGACAGCAACAGAUUCCAAAUGCAAAUAGCACACUUGAAAUGAACUCUGGACCUUUUAUCUGCUCAUUGUAAUUGGGAUAAUGAGGGAAUAACGCACACCUGGCCAUGGAACAGCUGAGAAGCCAAUUGUCCCAUUACUUUUGGUCCCUUAACAAGUGGGAGGAGGCACACAUGCAAACUGUUGUAAUUCCUACACCGUUCACCUGAUUUGGAUGUAAAUACCCUCAAAUAAAAGCUAACAGUCUGCAGUUAAAGCACAUCUUGUUUGUUUCAUUUGAUAUCCAUUGUGGUGGUGUAUAGAGCCAAAAAUGUUAGCAUUGUGUUGAUGUCCCAAUAUUUAUGGACCUGACUGUGUAUAUAUAUAUAUAUAUAUAUAUAUAUAUAUAUAUAUGAGAGAAGCUAUAAAGUGGCCUUGUAGCACCUUGGAACUGAGCUGGAUGCACUCAUUUUCAACAAUACAUUUCAGUUUCUAGAAGCUCUAUUUUUUUAUAUGUGCAAAAAAUUUUUAUCUGCAGUGGCUUUUACUGUAAUAUGAAGGUAGACACAAAGUCCUAUUGAUUGUUGGUUCUGUCAAAUAACCAAUAAACCAUUGUUGAGAUUU